AUGCUGUGCAAGGUGUGGGGUGUGGGUAUGUUCAGCAUCGUCGCCCUCACCACCAGCAACAUCCUCCUCACCCUGCGUCUCAUGCAUGGGCGUGAGGACGUGGGCGUGGGCGGCGGGGGAUGCGGGGGCGUGGUCAUCCCAGAGGCCGUCCCUCACUCCUGGACGUCGGCUCUCUCCUCCACCAAUCACACAGAGUACCUCGCCUUCCUCCGGACGGCAGCCAUCAACACGGAGACUACCGCGCGCCCUGACGGAGGCACCGAAGGGAAACAACAGAAGAACAUCUCUCCUCCCGGCGUGGUAGUAGGCUCAGGGUUCGUAGUGGACGAGGCGAUGGGACGGUGGGACGCCAAAAGACGGUACAAGACUCAUGACCACGUGUUCACGGGGCCUCAGUACGCUCGCCUCACCAGGAUCUACCCCGUCUGCCUCGCCACCCAGACCUCUGUAGACAGGCUCUUCUGGCUCACGCAGGUAGCGAGGUACUGGAAAGCGCCUAUGUCAGUGGCCGUGUUUACACCUGAUGUGGAGUACGCCAUUGCUCGAGCCUACCUGUCUUACCUGGUGACCUGCUUCCCCUUCCUUGGUGAAAAGAUGACCGUCCACUUCACCUACCCUCGGGAACACCUGCCUCGUCACCUGCCCCUCGUUAUCGACCACCUGGAAGAUAAAUGUGACCAACCACUAUCCGUUCUCAAGGAGUUACUCAAGCAGAGGAAUUCAAAGAUGUUGAUGUGGCGGGAGCGGAUGCCGUAUCCACAGAACGUUUUGCGGAAUGUGGCCCGUAAGAAUUGUGGCACGGAGUGGGUAUUCCUCGCCGAUGUGGAUAUUGUACCUAUACCUGGCCUCUCUGAUAACCUGGCAGCCUUCCUCGUCUCCAACACAGCCACCAGGUGUAAGAAGUGUGCGUUCGUGGUACCAACUUAUGAGGUGGAUGAGAGGGCGCCACUUCCACACAACCGCUCCACCCUCCUCCACCUGGCUGGUAAGGGCAGAGCCAGGCCAUUCCACCAGAAGGUCUUCGUUCACAACCAACACGCAACCAACUUCUCCAGGUGGGAGGCACGAGAGAGGGAGUACCCGGGAGAAGGUCAGGUCACCAUAAGCCACCCAGUCAGUAACUUUGAGUUCUUCUACGAACCAUUCUAUGUGGCCCAUGACGACGUUCCUCCACACGACGAACGCUUCCUCGGCUACGGCUUCACUCGCAACACCCAGGUUUACGAGAUGCACGUGUCAGGCUACACCUUCCACGUCCUCUCGCCGAUCUUCACUCUCCACUGGGGGAUGCAGGUGAAGCGGAGUCGCCCAGCAUGGAGGGAGAAACAGAACAAUGCCAAUCGUCGGCUCUUCGAAGGAUUUAAGAAGGAAGUGUUCGCGCGCUACGGCAAGGACCCACUCAACAUGAUGGCUACCAAGAAACCACGUAAGGCGUAGCGCACAGUCUACCAGACUAUCAAGUAAAGCCGAGUAUGGCGUAGCACGGUACACCUGUCCACCGGAAAUCAUAAUGGUGUAUAAAAUAACUCAAGUAAGGUGUCAUCCACAUUUUUCCACCAACACAGUUUUAUUAGGAUUCUAUGUACAGCAUUAUUCUUCCCUUUGGUGCAAACAUUUAUUAGCUCUCACUCCUAAGGAUUUCAGUCAAGUCAGGUGAUAAGAAGAAGAGAAAAGACGAGAUAAUGCAAGAGAAAGGGAUGGAAGAUAGUGGAAGAGAGAAGGUGUAUUGAUACUUGGCAUUAAUGAAGACAGUUUUCUCUGAUGGGUUAGAGAAAAUGACGCUCCUUAUGGGGUAUCCUUAACUAUUCCCAGUGCAAGACUGUCCAAACGUAGAAACUUUGGGGUAAAUGUAACUACUUCAACUGGAUAACUUAAACUCUUCCAGCUGAGAAAAUGAGAAAACAGCAAUAGAACUGAGCAAUAAACCUGGCAAUAUCUGUAGUGCUGUAAGAGUGGACGAAAAUUAAAAUAUUAAGACCAGCUGUGUACAAUGUGGAGUAUAACAAGUGGUGUUACCGGCCAUACUCAGAGCCCAAUACAUGUACGUAUUAUACUAAUGUUAGUUUAAUACCAUUUUAUGUAGAUGGAUAUUCAGUACAGUAUGAUUAACAACUGCGUGUGAGGAGGAAAAUGCAAUCACUCCCUGUGUAGGCUGCCUGGACACAUUGUUUAUUUCAUACUACUACAUAUGGUUUAAUUUUUAGAUCAUGAUUUCUGUAGAGCAGUUUUUGUCAAUAUAGUUUAGACAUUCCAAACUUUUUAUGUUACUUUGAAAACACAGCACGAGUAUUGUGUUUGACCUCAGUAAACUAACAUAUGAAAUUAAUAUCCUUUGCCCAAAACAACUUUCAACCAUGAUUUGACAACAACUAAUAUCUUAAAGUGCAUUUGAGAACAUGAUUGAGUAUAAGAAUCAGUUUAGCGAAUAGUAAGCAAUAUGUUAAUAUACAAUGAUUAAUAUUUGAAACCAGAAAGAUUAAUAGAUAUUUAGGUAUACGUUGAUUAGGUCAAUAUAAUUAAGACACUACAUCUAAAUAGUAAUUGGAAUUGGACUAAGAAUAAAUUAAGUUAUGAAAUAAUUACAGAAUAUAAACUUGAUUAUUAUGGAACUUGGUGAUAAAUAUAAAAACUUCAGGGAAAAAAUUACGUUCCCAGAUAAAUAGAUGACAGAUAAUGGAACAGUGUCCCCCGAAAAUUAUGUGAAUUCCCUUUCAAAUGGCCUUCAUCAUAAGCAAAUUACCUGGUCAAUUAGCAGUCAUACAGGAAUGUGCAUCUUGUCGGUUCCUCCCAAAAUAACAUCCUAAUGGAAUAGUAGAGAAGGGUCGUUAUUAAUACUGUAUUAUGUAAACGUGCAUCUGACUGGGUAUUAAUUAUUUUAUUCUAUUUGUUUUAUUAUAUAGUACGUAAAUAAUAAUGUUUUACAGUUUAUCGAGAUGUUAUGUUCUUUAUAUUAUUUUAGCUUUUUUCCCCAUAGGUUGUUAUUAUGUUUAUGGUAACUCUAUUGAAACAAGGCCACAGAAUCUGUCAAUUUAACUUAAUAGACAUAACAUAAAUUCAGGUAAAAGAAGUUAGGUAAAUUCAGCCACUAGAUAGUCUUUAUCCGCCUCGGUGACCGGAUUAUAAAGAUUUCGUAACUUUUUGCCAAUAAGUGAAAUUGAACAACGUAUUAAAAAUCCUAACCUAAUUUUCCGGAAUCCUUGUACUGUAUAAUAUAACUGAAUAUCCGGAAUAUUAACGUAACUCUCUAAAAUUUAACCUUUAUCUUAUGGAAUCGUAAUGAACGUAUCUCGAUUAUCCGGAAUCCUACCAUAACCAAACCCAAUUAUCCGGAAAUCUAGCAUCAAUAACGUAAUAUCCCAGUAUGGGUGCAUAACUUAACCACUUCUAACUAAACUUUCUGGGAUUCCCUAUAGGUGCUCCUGUACCCACUGACCUCACUCUUAUAACACAGGCAAAUACUGUCGCCAUAUCCACUUAUGUUUUGUUUAUUUUUUGGGGGAGGGUGGCGGCAUCUGUUUACAGUUCGGUGUGAUGCACUUUCCUCUUGUGUUUGAGUUCACAUACUGUUUGGGUCUGAAGGUUGAUAAAUAUAUAAAUACAUAUAUAUAUAUAUAUAUAUAGAACGUAUGUAGUUUGCCAAAUAAUAUGAGCUGUGUGUGUGUGUGUGUGUGUGUGUGUGUGUGUGUGUGUGUGUGUGGCAUGCAUGUGUGUGCUUGUGUGUGUGUGUGUGUGUGUUAAUGAAGAGUUCAGCUAACUGGGCAUCUGAUAUAAUAUUAAUACUGUUUAUCUUUCAUCAGUUAUGACUUAAAUGGUCUCCUUUGAGGUCUAGUUAAGGCCGUCCCCCAUGGAUCGUGUUAGUUAGAACAUGAGAAAACUAAAAUACCAGGAGAAGACCCACCAUGUUUGGUAAUGUCUCACUGAUUGACACUCUUAUCACAUUUGAACCAAGUGCGAAGUUAACCCAGAACGCUGUAGUGAGAGGUAAGUGUGCUACCAGUAUCACUGUAGUAAUGUACCACCAAUUUGGAAAAUGUUUGACAUUUCAUAUAUCACAUAUACAGUAAUUAAAAUUUAUAAAAAUAUUAAGUACUACUGGUGAUAAAUGUGUUCGUGGCACCAAUUUUUUGGGGUCAAACAAACGACUAACGUAACCCAAACAAAAUUACCUUUAGAUGAAAUAUAAUAUUAAAUUUAGCCGUUCGUCUUAUGUGUCCAUCCCCAGUACAUCUUAUAUAAGGGUCUUUAUGCAAUAUUGACUCCAUUUUAGCAAUCAAGUUUAUCCUAAGGUGCUCCACUUAAUACUUGUUCUCAUAGUUACAGUUCAUAUAAAAUCUAAUCAUAUAAACUUUAAAGAAUUUAAGACCUAAAUAAUAGUGCUUCAACAUCUGUCAAUUUGAACCCAUGAUGUGAGUUUCUCCAGCCACCCGUGAAGAGUGUUUGAAUAUGUGUGGGUGUACUGUACAUGUGUCAGAUUUCAGAUUCAGAUUUGCCCCCGAGGGGGCUAGUUUAUUGGGCACCCCCUUAUAUCCUGUGCAAGGUGAAGCGCAGAAGCGUUUACAGCGCCCAACAG